AUGUCCGACUGCUCAGGAUCACCGUCUGACCAUCACGACCAUACCCAACAACCGAAGCGGAAAGCCAACCAAGCAGGUAUCGAUGGGAACACCACUGGCCGUUCAGUAAAGAGGAGGGCGUCUAAGGCGUGUCAGUGCUGUCGAGCACGAAAAGUCCGCUGCAAUGUCACUGAACACGGUGCACCAUGCACCAACUGUCGACUAGACGAAGUGGAAUGCAUCGUCUCAGAGAGCAGAAGAAAAAAGAAAUGGACCAAGGACGACGAGCAACAGAACGAGACUUCACAAGGCUCGGCGUCAAGUGCCAAUCGCAAGCUCGCCUCUCGCGAAACCCUGGACAGUGUUCAAAGCCUGAACCCAGCCUCAGCAUCUCGCAGGUCACAUGAAGCUGAGCCGCGGCCUGACGAGCAUGUGCCUCAUUCCAUCUAUCAAAGCCAUCCCCGUAUUGGAUCCAUCAGCAACUUGUCCGAGCUGCAACGCCGUCUCUCAAUCAACUCCCAAUCGAAUGGCCUUUCAACGUCAAUGCCUUUUGCGCCCUUUGGCGCCGACAACCCCUUCAACUAUAGCCAGAAUGCUGCGCCAAGGCAGUCAGCACCUGAAUUGCCUUCCUACAUCAAGCCUCUUCCUGCUAGGAUCGGUGCAGAUGAGAUCGCAUACCUGGAAAAGAAGGGUGCUUUGAGUCUACCAAAGGGAACCCUCCGUAGUGAAAUGUUGAGGGCUUACGUCGAAUUCGUCCACCCCUACAUGCCUCUUCUGGAUCUUUACGACUUUCUCACAAUCAUCGAUCGUCCGGAUGGCAGCCUCGGCAAGGUCAGCUUGAUUCUAUUCCAAGCUGUCAUGUUCGCUGGAUCGGCCUUUGUGGAUAUGCGUUAUUUGCGUGCUGCAGGUUAUGUGACACGUAAGGAGGCCCGCAAGGACUUCUUUACUAAGACUAGGGUGAGUUACAACUACUUCGGCCGAGCCUGUUUCUUUCUUACAUUUCUUUUUUCCUCCCUCAAACCUCCGUCCUCCCCUUUAUUCUGGGGAAUUGUGGGCUUGUGGAUUUCCCCGGAGAGAACUUUCCUCUUUUGGAAAAGCACGUGGCACGCGACAAGUCGGGGUUUACUCUACGACUUUGAUUACGACUCCGAUCGUGUUUCGCUGGUCCAGGCCUUGCUUCUUCUGACGUACUACUACGAGACUCCCGAUGACCAGAAAGACACAUGGCAUUGGAUGGGGGUUGCGACCUCUGUGGCUCACACCAUUGGUCUGCACCGUAACCCGGAUAACACCAAUAUGGACACCAAGCGCGUGAAGCUGUGGAAGCGCAUAUGGUGGUCAACCUAUAUGCGUGACAGGCUCAUUGCCUUGGGCAUGCGUCGCCCAACCCGCAUAAAGACUGAGGACUUUGACGUGCCCAUGCUCACCCUUGAUGACUUCGAGAUUACAACUCUACCCGACAGCAUCAAUGGCCUGCCAUCAGACUGCCGUAUCGCUAAGGACCUCGACAUGCAGCGUCAGCUCGCUGUCAUGUGCAUCGAGAAGGCCAAAUUGUGUCUUUGCAUCUCCCAUGUGCUCUCCAAGCAGUAUUGUGUCCUGAACAAUAAUCAGGGUCUUUUGAACGACCGCACCACAAUGAUGCUUCUCCCCAAGAAAUUGGAUCCGGAGACCAGCGAAGUUAAGGCUUGCGACGCAGAGCUCCAAAAAUGGGUGCAGGAACUGCCACAGGAUGCCAAAUACUCUGACAAUUUGACGGGAGAGGCUGCUCUAGAUCUUCACAGGGCACUUUUGCACAUGGUCUUCUUCACCACCUUGUCUGCUUUGCACCGUCCUCAAGUACUUCCCUCAACUCAGGGAGGUGCAAUGCCUUCGCCGUCAUCAAAGGCUGGUUCUGAUCUGCUCGAUGUAUCACGCAGGAAUGUCCGUCGUGCGGCCGCGGCGAUCACGUCCAUCGCACAGCGUCUUGAUCAGCAAGAUCUCGUGAAGUACCUCCCAACCACUGGUGUCACGGUUCUUCUCCCUGCUAUAAUAAUCCAUCUUUUGGACAUCAAGGCUCCCGAGGAAGACACUCGCAGAGUGUCUCUUCGUGGCUUCUGCCAGUGCAUGGCAGUUAUGGGCAAGCUCCGCGACCUGUACGCUGCUGCCGAUUACAGCACGGCUUUCCUAGAAGCGGCCAUUCGCAAAGCUGGCAUUCACAUCGCGCCAACGCCUUCCUCCCCCAUGGUCAAUGGACUUUCCGGAAACAGCCCUCUUGCCUCUGUACCGAAGCCUAGCCCUGUCACCUCUGUGGAAGAUCUCGUCGAUGCCGGCCGUAGGCUCGACAUGGCUGCUCUCGCUACUGCGCACAACCUCCGCGCAACCCUCACCCCACCUCCUGACUCGGGCACGACAAACUUGCAUGUACUGGAGAAGCAGCCUUCUGACCGCAAUGUCACCGAUGAGGAGGUCGCCCGCCGACUCGAGACCUUCCUUGCCUCCACCCCUCCUGAAUCGGACAACGACAACGAGAACACCACCUUCUCCAUCGACCACCCUAGCAUCACGUUUACCGCAGCAGACUCGCUAUCCAUCACCGCCGCCGCAGAAAAGUUCACUGGACUCAACGGGUUCACGGAUUCCAUACCUCCAAAUCCCUUCAUCCAUCACCAGGAUGACGAGAUGUUAUUUAGCAGUCUGCCCAUCCAACACGAAUUCGACGAUGGUGAUUUCGACAGCCUGCUGAAUCUCGAUGCUGUAGGCGAGACAUUCAGCUUCGAGGAGGGUGCGCUCGACGGCGGUCUUCAGGGCGAGCUAGGCGACAUGAAGUGGACGGGCACAAGCUUGACCACUUAA